CCGCCGCCGCCGCCGCCGCCGCCGCCGCCGCCUCAGCCUUCGCCUCAGCCGCCGCCGCCGCCCGCUCCCGCCCGCGCGCGGCGGGAUGGACGAUCAAUCCAGGAUGCUGCAGACUCUGGCCGGGGUGAACCUGGCCGGCCACUCCGUGCAGGGGGGCAUGGCCCUGCCGCCUCCCCCGCACGGCCACGAAGGGGCGGACGGCGACGGCAGGAAGCAGGACAUCGGCGACAUCCUCCACCAGAUCAUGACCAUCACCGACCAGAGCUUGGACGAGGCGCAAGCAAAGAAACAUGCCCUGAACUGUCACAGAAUGAAACCCGCGCUCUUCAGCGUCCUGUGUGAGAUCAAAGAGAAAACAGGUCUCAGCAUCAGAGGAGCCCAGGAGGAGGACCCUCCCGACCCCCAGCUAAUGAGACUGGACAAUAUGCUUUUGGCAGAAGGGGUUUCAGGUCCUGAGAAAGGUGGGGGAUCGGCGGCAGCAGCUGCAGCCGCGGCAGCCUCUGGAGGUUCUUCAGAUAACUCUAUUGAACACUCAGAUUACAGAGCCAAAUUGACCCAGAUCAGACAAAUCUAUCACACAGAACUGGAGAAAUAUGAACAGGCAUGUAAUGAAUUCACUACACAUGUGAUGAACCUUCUCCGAGAGCAGAGUAGAACACGUCCCAUUUCCCCAAAAGAAAUUGAAAGAAUGGUGGGCAUCAUCCAUCGAAAAUUUAGUUCCAUUCAGAUGCAGCUCAAACAAAGCACUUGUGAAGCAGUUAUGAUUUUAAGAUCAAGGUUCCUUGAUGCCAGACGAAAAAGGCGUAACUUCAGUAAACAGGCCACCGAAAUCUUGAAUGAAUAUUUUUACUCACACCUCAGUAACCCCUACCCCAGUGAAGAAGCCAAAGAGGAGCUGGCCAAGAAAUGCAGCAUCACAGUGUCACAGGUAUCCAACUGGUUUGGCAACAAACGAAUCAGGUACAAGAAGAAUAUCGGCAAGUUUCAGGAAGAAGCCAACCUCUAUGCCGCAAAGACAGCCGUGACCGCCGCACACGCAGUAGCCGCAGCUGUGCAGAACAACCAGACCAAUUCACCCACCACGCCAAAUUCUGGUUCUUCUGGUUCUUUUAACCUCCCAAAUUCUGGGGACAUGUUCAUGAACAUGCAGAGUCUGAAUGGGGAUUCUUACCAAGGGUCCCAAGUCGGAGCCAAUGUGCAAUCACAGGUGGAUACCCUCCGUCAUGUUAUCAAUCAGACGGGAGGCUACAGUGAUGGCCUUGGAGGAAACUCACUGUACAGUCCACAUAACCUAAAUGCUAAUGGAGGCUGGCAGGACGCAACAACUCCAUCUUCUGUGACUUCCCCUACAGAAGGCCCGGGAAGUGUGCACUCUGAUACCUCUAACUAAUCUCUGGCAACACUUUUCCCUGAGCUGACAUGCCUUGCUAAGUGCAUUCAGAGCAAUAGGAGGAAAAGGAAAGCGUUUUGUAGCCCACCGUCUACAGCUUUACUGUAAAACCUUGUCUUAUUAGAGAACUUGGUAAAUCAGUUUUUUAAAGGAAUCAUAAUCAUUUGUAUUUAUACUUAAAAACACACAAUGUUAAAAAAGCACUUUAUCCAAUUAGGCCAAGAUUUAACAUUGUUGACAGUCCUGUAGCUAUUUUAUCAUAAUUUAUUAUCAAUAUUUUACAUUAAUGGUUUCACAGUUGCCAAUUACUUGGCCUUAAGGGUAAAAAGUACAAUAUAUGCUAAACCUCAAUCGUUAGAGCAGAUGCAAAGAUUCACCUCACCUAAAUUGAAUUUCUUGCAUUUUUCCAUCGCGGACUUUGAUUGUCUUUCUUUCAUAUCGCUAAUGGGGUUGGAAUAAAGGAACUGUCUGGCUAUCUCUGUUAA